UGUUUAUCGCCAUUCUGUUGUCAUGUCCGUUUAUUGAAAAGCAAAACAACCCAUCUGCCUUUGCUGGCUGCGAACACCUUAAUUGCGAACAAGAAAUGUACACUCUGUGGAAAUUACUUAUUUCUCUGUUCCUUUGCAUUACAUUGGUCAACAGUUCCCGAGUGCUAGAAUUAAGCGAUCGGUUUUUGGACGUUCGGAAUGAGGGCCAAUGGUUUGUGAUGUUUUAUGCGCCUUGGUGCGCCCACUGCAAAAAACUCGAACCGGUGUGGGCACUCGUCGCACAGGCCCUGUACAAUACGAACAUCCGUGUGGGACGUGUUGACUGUACGCGAUUUACGGCCGUAGCGCAGCAUUUUAAAGUAAAUGCAUACCCGACGAUAAUAUUCGUCAAAGGACCUUACGAUUAUGUAUACAAUGGGGAACGUUCCAAGGAGGAAUUGAUUCACUUCGUUAAUCGGAUGUCCGGUCCACCGGUGCAGCUAGUUACGCGGGCGGACAGUAUCGACAUACUAAAAUCGAACAAUCCUAUCUUCUUCACGUACGUCGGUAAGCAGUCUGGGUUGCUGUGGGACGUGUUUUACAGUGCGGCAGAAUCGUACCAAGCGCAUGGCUAUUUCUAUGCCACUUCGGUCGAAAUCGCCAAGCGACAUUUUGAUGUCGACACCGUCCCAUCGGCACUGGUGUACAAGGAACGCAGUCACUAUUAUUUCCCUUAUUCGGACAACUUCGAGCGGAUUGAACCCGCCCAUUUGAACGAAACACUGUUCCGGUGGGUGAAUGAAGAGCGCUUUGCUACCUUCCCGAAGGUAACGCGCAGUAAUAUUCAUCACCUAGUGCAAACCCAAAAAUACCUCGUACUGGCAGUGGUGGAAGAAAACAAGCUCAGCGAGAUAGCGGCCCACGAGCAGGAGUUCCGCGACAUGGUGGAAAUUUUCGUGCAUAAAAAUAAGUACAAAUAUCACGGCCGGUUCCAAUUCGGCUGGGUCGGUACACCGGAACUGGCACGCUCAAUCGCAAUGGAUAGUUUGCCGACGCCUCACCUGUUGGUGCUGAAUGCUUCGACGAAUGAGCAUCACAUCCCCGAGGACGAUCCACUGCAGCUGACACCAGAAGCGAUCGAAAUUUUCCUCGACAGCAUCCACAACCAGACAGCACCAACGUUCGGAGGCAAUUCGCUACCGGUUCGUAUUUACCGUGCGUGGUUCGAGGCAAAGACUUCGCUGUACGAGAUGUGGAUCGGUAAUCCGGUACUGACGACGGUGUUGUUCGGUCUUCCGCUCGGCUUCCUAUCGCUCAUUAUGUACUCCAUAUGCUGUGCUGAUAUACUCGAUGCGGAAGAAGAGGACGAAGGUGCCGAACAGCGACACGAGAAAAAGGAGUAAGAUGCAUGAAGCAAUUCUUUUUUGCCGCGUAAUCCAUGACAGUGUGGCCUGACUGUUCACAGUAAUUAUAUUUCCAACCUUACAGUCAUGGAUCUUGCAUGGGCUUUCACAACCACAGCAAAACAGGAUAUCUUUCUAGUCAUCUAUUGAGUUUACUAUGGCUGUUUUGAACAGUACAAGAUCCAUGACGAUUCGGUUGGAUAUACAAUUUCCAAAAAUCGACCGUCAUAACAGCAAGGACUCGCGAACGGGGGAACGUUAAAUGGAGGACACUCGACCGUGGACCCCCGACGGGAAAGCUUGCUCACACACCUUCUCUAGUCAUACUAUUUUGAUUUUUUCUAUAUAAUUAAUAACUGUCCAUUCCGGCGGCUCGUUGGCACUUGACCGUGAAUUGCGUAAUGCGUCGCCAAUGACUUACUACAACUUAGGUAACAAGUAAUAGGAUCAUUUUAGACAAUUUUUAAAUCCCCGAAAACUAACUAAGCCCACAAAGUUCGGCGGGUAUUUCGUACGUGUUUAUGUGUGCGUGUGUGUAUCCGAUGUAUGUUUAGAAUGUUCUCUUUUUUAGCAACG